UUGAAUUUGAUCAACACAUCUAACUUUUGGUUUCUUGUUCUAGUAAAAGAGUCUGGCCUUUCUUCCUUUUGUUUUUGUUCAUUCUUUUAUAAACGAGAAAGUACAUUUCUUGGUUCUUGCUUAUUUGUUCUUAUUUAGGAAAGACAAUAGAUUUCUUUUAGUUUGGCAAGAAAAUAAAUGAAGGGGAUAAAUAGAGUUAAAAACUUUCAAAUUAUAUAUUGAUGCUUUGGCGUAAGUGUUUUUAAAUACAUGUCAAAUAAGAAAAUUCAGCAUUUUCUUAUUUGACACUUAAUCUACUUACGUGUAUAUAGAAGUUCAUGUGGUUUAUAGCAUUCUGUAAGACUAAGGUGACAAUCUAUGUCGAAAUCCGAAACCACUCUCUCAAAGUUAUUGGUAGAGUCUAAAUGCAGCCAAGAAUGCAAAGAUGACUUGCUGUCUUCUCUUCCUAGAGACAGAGGUUUUUUCGCAGAGCAUCUCUAUCAAUACCAAGGGUUUUGGUACACACCAAACCUCUUGAAAGGUGUUUUAUAUAGCCAGAAGCAUUUUCAGGCAAAAGAUUCAGAUAUCAUCCUGGUAAGCAAUCCUAAAUCAGGUACGACUUGGUUGAAAUCACUCGUUUUUGCUUUGGUUUACAGACAAGAAUUCAAGACUCCUCUAGAAUCACAUCCUCUGCUUGAUAACAACCCGCAUACCCUCGUGCCCUUUAUCGAAGCUUUCGACUUUAACGCUCAAGAUACUUCUCCUAGGAUCUUCUCUACACACAUCCCUCUUGGGUCGCUCCCUGAGUCCAUUAAAGAGUCGUCUUGUAAAGUUGUGUACUGCUGCAGGAACCCAAAGGAUGCCUUUGUCUCGCUUUGGCAUUUCAUGAAAAGUUUGUUUCUUAAGGAUAUGGUUGGGUGUACAAUGGAGGAAAUGGUUAGUGGGUUUUGUAGAGGUUCAAGUGUUUAUGGACCCUUUUGGGAUCAUGCCUUAGAGUACUGGAAAGAGAGUCAAGCAAACCCGAAAAAGGUAUUCUUUGUUAUGUAUGAAGAGAUGAGAGAGAAACCUGAGGAAUGUGUUAUGCGGAUCGCUGAGUUUUUGGGAUUACCUUUCACAGAGAGGGAGAUAGAGGAUGGAGUUUUGGAUGGGAUCAUAAAGUUGUGUAGUCUUGAGAAUUUGAGUAAGUUGGAGGUUAAUACAACAGGGAAGUUAGUGAAUGGUAUGGAGACUAAGGCAUUUUUUAGGAAAGGAGAGACUGGUGGAUGGAGAGACACUUUGACUCCUUUACUAGCAGAGGAGAUUGAUAAGAUGACUGAAGAGAAACUAAUUGGUUCUUCCUUUAGAUUCUUUUGUUAAGAAUCCUGCUUAAACUUUAUUCUAUUUAAUUUAAUGAGCUUCUCUUUUUUUUUUAAUGAUUGUUGUGAACUUGUGAUGAUGGACCAACCUGGCCUGUUUUGUUUUGAUUCGAUUUAUGUUUUGAGUUGAUCUUUCAUGAUCCAUGAGCUUUUGGCCCAUCACAAGUUUUUCAUGAGCAUCGGCAAAACAACAAACAAGGAAAAAGCAUAAGCCUACCUAAACUCAUUAUUCUA